AUGACGUUUGAAACUAAUUUAAAAAUCAGUAUAUAUACAUCCAAGUACUNUGGCAGCGAUGGUGAUAGCGAUGGUGGUAGUAGUGGUGUUAAUGACGAUGAUAAUGAAGAGGUUGAAACAACUGAUGGUGAUGAUGAAGAAACAACUGAUGGUGAUGAUGAAGAAACAACUGAUGGUGAUGAUGAAGAAACAACUGAUGGUGAUGAUGAAGAAACAACUGAUGGUGAUGAUGAAGAAACAACUGAUGGUGAUGAUGAAGAAACAACUGAUGAAGAAGAUGAAAAAAGUGAUGAUGAUGAUGAUGAUGAUGACGAUGACAGAACAACAAAUGAAGAUAUUAAAAGCAGUACCGAGACCAGUGAUGAUGAUUAUGGCUAUUAA